AUGUUGUGGGCGAGACAUAGACAUAGUCAAAAUACGUGCAGGAGGAACAGAAAACUAGCCUCGUUGUUUCUGGCGUUUGUUGUCUGCGGUAUGAUGUACGUCAAGCUGAUACAUAAAGACGAUCUGUUUCCAGAUAACGCACCUUCUCCACCUGUUCUACCAUACUUCCACCUUGAAGUUCCAUAUUUUGAACCGGAAGCGAAAGACGAUUUUCCUACAUCAACUUCCGCUCCCAGAAUCCCCCAUAUCAUCCACCAGACGUACAAAUCUGAGGAUAUAGCAAAUGAUUUUGUAAAGAAUGUACAAUCCUUUUUGCACUUUAAUCGAAACUGGACGUACAUGUUUUGGACAGAUGCGACAGCCAGGCAAUUGAUAGAGGCAAGGUAUCCGGACUUUCUAGUGUUGUGGGAUAAUUACAGAAACAACAUCAACAAGGCGGACGCCCUCGGGUACUUUGUUCUGUAUGAAUUUGGCGGAAUUUAUGCUGAUCUUGACUUUGAAUGCUUCCGACCUCUUGACCCCGUGACUCGGAAGUACGCCGCCAUUUUCCCAUUGGAACCUUUUGAACACAGCACAUUCAGGUUGAAAAUCCCUUUUCUGUUGAACAAUGCUAUCAUGAUGACCAGACCACGACAUCCGUUCUUGAAGUUCAUGAUUGACAAUCUAAUGGCCUUUCAAAUGCAGAUGGAACAAUUUGACGUAGCGGGACCUUGUUUUGUAACAACAAACUUUGUAUUAUACAACAAACUCAAAGUGGAUGACCUGUACAAUUUAAGUGCCACGCCAGACGGAAUGUCGCCGUAUUUUUACAAGGGCAGUAUGGAUGAAACAGACGAAAACGCCGUAUUCCUCCGGUCGUAUAUGGUGUUUGUGUUCAUCAAGGGCAACUCGUGCACAGCCAAAUUCCAGCUUACUAUCAAAUACCUGGCUACAUGA